AUGGAUAACUUCAGAUUGCGUUUUUUUGUUAGUUUACUCAUAGUAACGCAACUUGUUAGUGUCACCAUUGCCGAAACUGAUUUCUGGUAUCAAUAUUGCUAUGGAACCUACACAGCAAGCAGCUCAUUUAAAAGAAACGUAGACGAUGUACUAUACUCCAUAACCAAAACAAAUAAUGGAUAUGGUUUCUUCAAUCAAACAGCCGGAGAAGGGCUCGAUAAGGUCAAUGCAGUAGCUCUUUGUAGAGCAGAUGUUGAUCAGAGUGAUUGUGAACGUUGCGUAGAUGAUGCAUCACGUAAACUACAAGAGAAUUGUAUAUACCAAAAGGAAGCAAUGGGCUGCUAUGAUUAUUGUCAGUUAGUCUAUUCGAAUUCCUCAUUGCUUUACUCUACUGUUAUGGAUAAAGACGACACCAAGUGUUUUAAUAACCCAAGUUUCACUUCAAACUGGACUUCAUUAAAACCAUCAAUGGUGAAUCUUUUUUAUCAGUUACGAACAGAAGCUUCAAAGGGUGGUAGCCUUAGAAAAUAUGCAGCCAGAAGCAUGAGUGUAAUUCCAGAUUCUUCAACAAUAAGCGGACUUGUGCAAUGCACUCCUGAUCUAUCAGAGUCGCAAUGCAACCAGUGCUUAGUGGACGCCAUUAAUUUACUUCUGAACUGCUCAUUUGGAAGAACAGGAAGUAGAGUUUACAAGAGGGGUUGCAACGCAAGGUAUGAGUUAUAUCGGUUCUUUAAUGAGACAUGGUUUCCUACUCAUUCACCAUCUCUGCAAUCACCACAAUCAGGUUUGAUUACAGAGACAAAGGGAACAUACAUUAAGGGACAGGUCAUAGGAAUUCUAUUCGCAGCUGGAGCAUUGAUUGCAAUAUCUGGUUUCUUUAUAUGGCAUAGGCACCAUUUUAAACAAAAACAUAAAGGUGUUUGUGGGUCAAAAUCGGAAAAGAUCUACUGCUUUACUCUAAAUGUUCUCUGUUUUAUCAUUAAAUUUGUGUUGUAUUAA